UAGAGUUCCAGGUGCCUGCCACGUUGGCUCGGUGCUCGGUGAGACAUAUGGGGAUAGAAUGUGGUCUCGUUAAUUAUUUGACGCCAGACUUCAGGGAACCUUGAGAUGCUUUAAUCCCAGUGUAUUGACGACCACGAGAGCGGCGGCGGACCAGCCAUGAGAGAGAAGCGGGCGAAGAGUGUAAACUCGAAAAUCAACAGAGACCGUGUGACAGCUGGAACGGAUGGACCUUCAGGAUGGACGUGGGGACUGGAAAACGUGUACCACUGGACGGUGACUUUCGUAGCCUUCUCGUACAUCAUGUGGAGGUUCGCGACCAACGAAGAGAAGGCCUUCCUCCUGGUCCAAAUGAAACGCGCCUUCAUCAAGAGCCCAUAUGGUCUUGAACAGAAGCAGGACACAUCAAACUGGGGCUGGCUGACGACUAGGUACGUUGUGAUCAACAUGUGGAAGUGGCACCUCUUGCAUCCCGUACUGGGUAGGGCGAUGGCCCACGUGGCACCGUCGCUAGUUCCCGUCUUCUACAGCGCCUACUCGGGCUUAUUCAUGGCCUUUCAUCUGGGCUGGGAGGUGGUUCUUCUGUACCUCGGACAGCACGCCGCCUUCUAUGUUGCGGCCGCACUGCGGUUCCCUGCACUGUGCUACGCGGUCGCUGCCGUGAUCCACUGCCAAAAGUUCGUGAUCCCUUUCGAGCCAGUGAGGUACAUGUAUGAACGAUAUGGACUCAUACCGUAUAGGGUGGCCUACGUCGCCUUCCACUGGAACAUCAUGCGUGGCCUUAGCUUCAGCCUAGACUUUGUGCGAGCACAGCGCCGGGCUCCAGCGAAAAACCGGUGCCGGUGGCCGCCGUAUUGGAAGACGCUCGGCUUCCUCGUCUACCUUCCCACGCUCUAUCUUGGACCUCCGCAGAUUUACGACGACUUCGCAAUCCAGUUGGACAAACCGAGACCCAGCUGCACGCUCGCCGUGGCGAGGAUCCUGCGGAGUGGCGCCCACUUCUUCCUGAUGGAACUCAUGGCCCACUUCUUCUACAGCUCGGCCAUGUCCAAGUGGCCCUGGAUGGCCGAGCGACUGGAUCUGUACAGCCUGGUGGGCUUCGCCUUUUCCCUGCUGUUCUUCUUCUACGUGCGCUACCUGUUCACCUACGGUGCCGCUGGCGCCCUGGCCCGUGCCGAAGGAAUCGAGAUUCCGCCGCCCUCCAUGUGCAUUGCCACAAUGUACCGCUGCUCCCACUUCUGGAGGUACUUCGACCGUGGCAUGCACCUGUGGAUUCGAAGGUACUUUUACGAGCCAGCGGUGGGUCACAGCAGGAGUGCCUGUCGUCUGCUGUUUGGCACCAUCGUGGCGUUCUGUUUUACCUGGAUAUGGCACAGUAUGCACAAAAAGGACGCCAUCUGGUGCGCGCUCAGUGUGCUCGGCAUCGCCCUCGAGGUGAUAAUCAACGAACUGCGAAAGCGACCUCCUCUCAAGAACUUUGAGACGCACUACUUGGCGUCAGCUCAGCGGAUGCGGGUAGCCAAGGCCUUGCUUGGUUCUCCACACUUCGUGCUUACCAUGUGCGCCUGCAUCUUCCACCUGGCGGAAGCGGAAGUGUGCCUCAUCAUGUGCAGAAGGAUCUUGGCUGGUUUUCCCUUUCCACUGGUCUUCGUCUUCUUGGGCAUGUACAGCGGCCUGAAUGUUGCUCUCGACGUGGAGGAAUGGAAAGCAGCGGCGGCGCUGAAGCGGAAGCAAGCAUCCUCGUAGACUACUUAAUCGCGGCGCUUGGCAGACUCUUCUUAAAGCCGACGCACUUGCGGUAGUUUAUUCUUUCGCAUUGUUUUAUCAGUGGUGUCGGUGUUAAUUGAGACACCCGUAUAUCUUGUACAACAAAUAAAAGUUGUCUGUAAAAAAAAGAGAGAAAUGUUAGAACUGACUCACGACACGCGAACCACCAUAUCUAAUACUACUGCUGAGUUUUCUCAGCAUCUGUUCGAAAGGAAUACCGAAAAUUAUGCCAAAAUGACAUUGCUGCAAAUGACUGAUAUCGCAACGAAGGAGCCUGUUUAAGUAUCCUUACACUCUAGCCACCGAGGCGUCUAUACAAUGCUUCUGGUGUGCGCUUUAUUGAAAACCGGAUGGUUCGAAUUAAUCUGAAUGCCUCACAUGCAGCCUCCCUUGUAAGUAGUGUCAGCACAUUAAAGCCCAUUAUUUACCUUUUUAA